AAAAAUUCAGCCACAUUGAAAUUGUGGAAGCUGCAUUUUAUGCCCAAAAAUCCCAAGCAGAAAAUUCCAGUCCAUCUCUAGUUAAUAUAAUUGACUUGAUUAUUGUGAGCAUUGUGGAAGAGAUGAGGUUUCUCAAGGGAUUAUCCUAAGAAGCACUAUAUAACACUCCUGAUAUGUGUGGUGUGUAUGUUGAGUGUGUAUUUAAGUCUUAUGUGAGGCACAAUUGUCCAGACUAGAUUUUAAGUUAUUUGGCAAGAUUUAAGGCAAUCCUUCAGUCUUCUAGAUUGUUUAGUUUUUUGGGAGAUAUCAAAGUAAAAGUACUUUGAAUUCAAGUCUGUUUAUAUGAGUAGGUAGAAUUGCGGUACUAGAUGGAAUAAAAGCACACUCUGUGAGGGGCUAUGGCUGUAUUCGCUUUUAGUAUCAAGAAUAUCUCCAUUCUCAAAAUCUGCUGUGUUAUUUCACUUGGAGUUCAGUUCUGACAUUCGCAAAGCAUACUGCAGUUUGGCCCUACAUGCUGUUCACGAGAAGUGUUAAAUAAUUUUAACUAAGCAUUUGGUCUUCCUUCUGUACCAUGAUGUUACUGGUUAGUCUCCUGUAUUGAAGGUCUGCAGAAGCAACUCAUGCAGGAGAUAAGGCGGCUACUUGUCCAAAUGUGCAAAUCCACAAUGUUCCAUCCCUCUUCUUCAGAGCACUUUUUGGGAUGCUUUGGGAUGGAUAGGAAAUGAGGACAGGGCAGGGCCCAUUGGUAGUCUCUUCAGUGUCUAGAUCUCAGAUUGUUGAUAUUGUUGUUGGAAAAGAUGAGAAGGGCAGAAAGAUUCCAGAAUAUCUGAUCCAUUUUAAUGGUUGGAACAGAAGCUGGGAUAGAUGGGCAGCUGAAGAUCAUGUUCUUCGUGAUACAGACGAAAAUCGCAGAUUACAACGUAAAUUGGCAAGAAAAGCUGUAGCUCGCAUGAGAAGAAAAGGAAGGAAGAAGAGACAUUGUCGGCUGCCUGGUGUUGACUCUGUGUUAAAAAGCCUUCCUGCUGAGGAAAACGAUGAGAGCAGUGAAAAUUCUAUAAGUAGUUCUUCUGAUGACAGUGAUGAAGGAACCGAUGAAGAAAUAAAAAGUGAAGAAAGUGACAUUGAAGAGAGGACAGACAUGAAAGAAGAACAAGAGAUUCACAGUAAAAGGGAUAUGGAAGAAAGAGCAAUAAGUAUAGAAAUUCCUGAAGUUUUGAAAAAAAAGCUUGAAGAAGACUGUUAUUAUAUUAACAGGAGAAAACGGCUAGUGAAACUGCCUUGUCAGAGAAAUAUAAUAACUAUCUUGGAGUCAUAUGUGAAGAAUUUUGCCAUUAAUGCAGCGUUUUCAGCUAAUGAAAGAUCUCGGCACCAUCAAAUGACUUCACAUGUCAACAUGAACCUUCAUUAUGUCCCACCAGAAAAGAAGGGCUGGUGUGAGACACCCCCUGCUGAAGUAAAGUUAAACUUUGAGCUUUAUGAGUUGGCACCUGGUCAAGUUAUAAGAGCGCAAACUCCAAAAGUGCAGGUGUAUCACAAAAUGCCUUCAGAGGACACCAGUUACAGUGUUGAGUUAUGUAAAGAAAUGGUGGAUGGACUGAGGAUAACCUUUGACUUCAUUCUUCCAUUGAUCUUGCUCUAUCCCUAUGAGCAAGCACAGUUUAAGAAGGUGACUUCAUCCAAAUUCUUUCUUCCAAUCAAAGAAAAUGCAGCAAACACUAACAGAAAUCAGGAGGAGCUAUCCCCGAGUCCACCUCUGCUGAAUCCACCAACUCCUCAAUCCACAGACAGUCAGCCUACAACAGGAGAGCCAGCAACACCCAAGAGGCGAAAAGCUGAGCCUGAAAUACUACAGUCUCUGAGGCGUUCUACACGUCAUACAUCGAACUGCGACAGGUUGUCAGAAAGUAGUGCAUCUCCACAACCUAAACGACGGCAUCUCGAUACGCCCGCUUCAAUGCCAAAACUGUUUUUGCAUCUGGAAAAAAAAACGCCGGUCCAUAGUGGGUCGUCAUCACCUAUCACUCUGACUCCUAGCAAAGAAGGGAGUGCAGUAUUUGCUGGCUUUGAAGGUAGAAGAAAUAACGAAUUCAAUGAGGUGUUGUCUUGGAAACUGAUGCCGGAGAACUAUCCCCAAAGCGAUCAGCCACCUCCUCCUUCUUACAUCUAUGGAUCUCAGCAUUUGCUACGGAUGUUUGUUAAACUUCCAGAGAUACUGGGGAAGAUGUGCUUUCCUGACAAAAAUCUAAAAGCUUUGGUAAAGCAUUUUGAACUGUUCUUGAGGUUUCUAGCCGAAUAUCAUGACGACUUCUUCCCAGAGUCUGCUUAUGUAGCUGCAUGUGAGGCUUACUAUAGCACCAAGAAUCCUCGGGCAAUCUACUGAAGCUUUUAGUGAACAAUAAAUCCUGCUGUACAUAGCCCAUGGUUGUUGCUGCUUUGCCACAUAGCUACGAGAUGAAGAUGAAAUGGAAUUUGAAUGGCCUUUUUCAGAUAGGAAAAAGGGAGUCGCUUCUAUGACUACUGGAUUCGUUAGCAAAGAUGGACCACUUCUUGUUUCAGAGCCAUGCAAAGAUUGCAUUCUGAAUUGCUCCAAGUGUUGCAUGUAAGCUGCACUUCUAGAAGAAGGCCUGCACUGAUUUCUAAUGCAUAGGACUGCAUAAAGUUCUUACUAAGAAGUGUGUGUGGGGAGGGGGAAGCAGGUGCAUUAGCAGUGGGACGCUUUCAUGAAAACAAUUACCUCAUGCUGUCUUUCAUUUUAACAUGAACUGUUUUCAGCAUGAAAAGUAAAACUGGCUUCACUCUUGUGUAAGGAGAAUGCAUAACAGGCAUCCUGUGGAUUUCGUUUCACACACAGAACCCACACUUCAUUUUGUGAAACGGUCAUGGCAGGAAAGAGUGCUGCAUAUAGAGGAAGAAUUGCAUAGCGAUUUUAUUGUCAUAGUCUGUGACUCAAGGAAGUAGUUUUCUGUGGCUUAAAUGAAAAAUGUUGCUUGCUUUUUCUUUUUAAAAAGCAUCUGUCUUUCCCAUAGUAAGUUGCCACAGUUACGAGUGCAGACCUCACCAGUGAUUCAUCUUAUCCAUGUCUGUGAAUGAUUCCUAAAGGCAUUAAAGAACAGGAUGUUCUAACAGGUUCUCACAGAGUAAGCAUAGAGUGAAUAAAGUGACAGCAGUUACUUUGGCAAACUUUUUUCUUAAUAAAGAAACUGGUUGGUAAUUGAAGGUGUGAUAUUUGGGUGGAUAAUCUCAACAAUAGGGUUUUGUUUGGGCUUUCAUUGUAUAUUUUCACUAAAUAUUAUUAUGUAGAGAAUGGGGGGUGGGAGUUGUGACUGUAAAAAUGGCACCUUUUUAUUGUACAAUUUCUGUCCGUAAAGCAGAGGCACAUCUUAGAUUUACACUGACAAAUUUUACUCUCUUUAGCACUGCAGAACUCAUGCAGCUGUGUGAGAAUGAGCUGGAUUCUGUUAUCCAUCAUCCCUCUGACAAUACAUACUUGGCAGAAUUAACUGUUUAUCUUGGGUACUUCCAUUUCUGAGAGUGCCUCACAAUCAUUAGUGUAUUUAUCCUCACAACAACCCUGUGAGGUAGAGAAGUGCUGUUAUCCCCAUUUUGCAGAUGGGGAAUCUGAAGCACAGAGAGGAAAGUGACUUGCCCAAAAACACAAGAAACCUGAGCAGGAAAUUGAACCUAGGUCUCCCAUGUCCUGGGCUCAUGCCCCAAUCACUGGUCAGUCCUUAUUCCCUUGAAGCACCCCAAUUAUAGAACGAUUGCCUGUGAUUCUGGAGCCAAAAAGAACCCACUUGAACUUGCAGGUCUUGGAGUUAGUAAAACCAUCUCUUUCCAUGUAAAUCACAAAUAUAUUCUGUAAGAAGUAACCCAGAUCUGAAGAAAGAGUUUGUGUAAGCUUGAAAACUUCUUUAAUUGACCCAACUUCUGUUGGGGUGAGAAAGAUAUUACUUCACCCACCUUGUGUCUCUAAUAUCCUGGGACGAACACGGCUACAAUAGCACUGCAUUACCAAUUAAUGUCACUUGUCAAGAGUGGAAUGGCAUGUUCGAGCCUUGAACUGAAAAGGUAGAGAUGACCUUGGUUUUAGUGAAUGAGAGACUGCAAAAGGAAAAGAUUCUACAGAGUCUUAAUGUCAGGGUAGCUACACUCAUUUUGGAUCCAUACCAAAAUGAGAUUUGGAGACCCUUAUUUCUAAAGAUUCAUUUAGUGGUGCUAUUUUUUAAAUUGUAUUCCUGUAGUACCAAGUUUCCCAGGCCAUAGUCUCCAAACUGUAGUGAUUCUGAAUCUACAGUACAAGCUGAGUAGUUCAUGAUCCUCUUUAAUAUGGAACACUCCUGUCAUAAACUUGAUACAGCAGGUAAAAAAUACCAUUCAAAUAUUAGUCUAACAAGAUAUUAAGCUUAGAAUAUCGCUGAAACUCCAUCCUUAAUCCUCUCCAUUGUGGCAGAGUGUUGCAGUGCAUAUGAUAGGGAAAAAAGAUUUGACCUAUCAAUGCCUAAGAAUAAGAGGGCAGGUUGAGAGUAGAAUUUAAACCUUAUUGCAUGGUUAUGUUUAACUGUAACAGUGACUUUUUGUGCAUGCCAUAAUUAUUUAUUAAUGUCUGUAUUCAGUUUGCUCAGUGAUUUGAGAAGCAGUUUAGGUAGUACCUGCAUGCAUUGUGCCUUGUUCAAACCAGUUGUAUGAACUCAUUUUCAUGAAUAACCAGUUUCCCCCCAUCUUUCUACCUCUACACCAGAUAAAAACAGACUCUUGCAUCCUAUAAAUCUUCAACAUGUGUGAGCCUGGUCAAAGUAUUCAUUGAUUUGUGUUGAGUAUAACACUAAAGGCAACCUGCAAAUCUUCCUACAAAAUUUCUUCAUCUGGAGCAAUAUGUUUAUGAGCACUAUUUGCCACAUUACCAGAUUCCUCAAAUGGAGCAGAGAGAUUUGCAGGCUAUCUUUUUAUACCUAUGAUUUAAUUAUAGUGGUACUGAAGAAGCUGCUAUAGGUGAAGGUUAGUAAGCAUUUUGGUUACUUAUAAUAUGUGUUGUAGGCUGCUUGUUUUUAAAAAAGAAAAUCCUCCCAACAGAAACACUUUGGUUAUGUUGGUUAUCUCACAUGUGUGGCUGAGUAGGAGGUAGUUUUACUAAUUGUUUGUUUUUAAUCAAAGUUUAAGAUGGAUUUUAUACUUUUUACUGUGGGUAAGUGACUAGUGCACAGUUAUCUAAUUACUCUGGCAUUAAAUAUCUGCUGUUUUUUAAUAAAAAUUUUUUUGAAAUGUACAAUUGAUAAAAACAGCAGCUAAUUGGAUAUUUCAUAAGGAUUUUACUCAGUGACAGAUGGAUGAUAUGACACACACACUAUAUAUGCAGUAUUGUCAACCCCAAUCAUUCUGAAGUCAUGAGUUAUUCCCCAAAAAGGCGUGAGAUUGGCUUACAAAGCAUGAUGUUUACCUUCUGGUUUUUUGAGUCUCUAAGGCAUACAUGAGUCAAGUUUUCAUGCUUUUCUUUGCAACUAUGAGUGUUAGAAACUUUUUUGUUUUUUAAAUAAGAGCUGAGAUUUUCAGCUAAUCAUGAGCCUCCAAGAGCUGGGACUUUAGGAAAGUAUCACAAGAUUGGCAAUAAAAUUGUGAGUUAACACUGCAUUGUUGCAGGAUGCCAUUAAAUUCAACACACACUUUGCAGUUUUUCUGAUGCAAACAGAUGUGAGAUGCAACUCGGCUUCCAAUGGGAGUGUUUUUCAGAUAAGAAGUAGUUGCUUAAACAAAAUUGUACUGUAUAAACUGGUCUACCUAUGCCAGAAGGAUAUAUCUAUAGUUUAUGGAGCAAAUAAUACAUUUUUAUGAUUUAAAGUUACUCGCAGUGAAUAUUAAUGUCUAGCGGAAAAUGUAUAGGUAAAUACUGUAUCAGCACAAAAUUACACUUCUUUAGAAAGAAGGAAACAAGAUGACAUUGUGACACUUAUGAGUCACUGACAUAGUGGUGAUAUUGUUCGUAUUGUUCCUGACCCCCUCCUGAAUAUUUCAAUUUCUUUUGCUUAUAAGAAUAAGGGGGAAAUAAGUUACCUAGUGGUAUUGUCUUAAUCCUCUUAUUACUGAAUCCAGAAGAGACAGGAACUCACUUGUUCUUUCUAUCACUGACCAAACACACACUAUGUAUCUCAACAGAUCAGGCUGACUUGAGGCCCCGUAGUUGCUUGUGGCUAAUGGUAUUUGGAUCCUGUUAGUUACAGAGCCCCAUUAAUUAUAAAUCCUUCCUCUGGCCUUGCACCAAGCUUGUUAUUACUGAUGUCCGUUUGCAUCACCAUAUUAUUAAACAAGUACAACCAAAAAGACAGUGUUUCUAAAUGGGAGGACAAAGGCUAAAACGAAAAAAAUAAUGCCCAGAACAUGGAAGAAGCAUAUUUGCCAGUUUUGUCUGUGCAAAUAACUGGGUAAUUUAU